AUGAAGCCCUUUUUGCUCAUGUUGCACUUGCAUGCAUCUAUGCCUGUGUGCCUUCAGAUAUUACUUCUAUUUACUUUGAACACAUUGUUUUUUACAACAGCCGCUGCAUCAGGCAAGGUAGCUGACCAGUUUGCAUUGCUCAAAUUCAAGGAAGCAAUAUCCAUUGACCCAUAUAAAAUCCUAGAUUCUUGGAAUAAUUCUACCCAUUUCUGCAAGUGGCAUGGAAUCACAUGCAACCCCACAAAUCAAAGUGUUACCGAGUUGAACCUGCCAGGAUAUCGUUUGCAUGGACUCAUAUCUCCCCAUGUUGGCAACCUCUCUUCUUUGAGAAACCUCAACCUUGGAAACAAUAGCUUCUAUGGAAAUAUCCCACAAGAAUUGUGUCAUUUACAUCAACUGCAGCUACUUCGUCUCAACAACAACUCAUUGGUUGGAGAAAUUCCUUCAAACUUGACAGGUUGGUCUAAUCUCGAAGUUUUACAGUUGUCGGUGAACAAUCUGGUUGGAAGAAUACCAAUUGAAAUUGGCUCUCUUAGGAAGCUCCAAAAAAUUUUCAUGUGGAACACUGGUUUAACAGGAGAAAUUCCACCAUCAGUAGGAAAUCUUUCAUCUGUUACUCGUCUUAAUUUGGAAUAUAAUAACUUGGAGGGAAAUAUUCCACAGGAAAUAUGCCGCUUGAAAAACUUGGAAUUGAUGUCAGUGGGUAUAAACAAGCUAUCUGGCAAACCUCCUUUAUGUCUUUACAAUAUGUCAUCUUUAACUCAAUUGUCUAUAGCUCUGAACCAAUUUAAUGGCUCUCUCCCACCUGAUAUGUUCCACACCCUUCCCAAUCUCCAAACACUUUUCAUGGGGGGGAAUCAAAUCUCAGGUCCAAUCCCACCUUCCAUCACAAAUGCAUUUGCCCUUCAAGCAUUUGAUAUCAAUAUAAACCAUUUUGCUGGACAAGUUCCCAGUCUAGGGAAGCUGAAGGAUCUUAGGGUCCUAGUUAUGUCUCAGAACAAUCUAGGUGACAACUCAACCAAAGAUUUGGAAUUUUUAAACUCCUUGACAAACUUUAGUAAGUUGUAUGAGAUUGAUAUAUCCUACAAUAACUUUGGAGGCCAUUUACCAAAUUCUUUGGGAAAUAUGUCCAACCAGCUCAAUUAUCUAUACCUUGGGGGAAAUCAUAUAUCAGGAAAAAUUCCUAUAGAAUUAGGAAAUCUAAUCAACUUAUUUCUCUUUACCAUAGAUCAUAACCGUUUCGAAGGGAUGAUUCCAGCUACUUUUGGGAAGUUUCACAAGAUGCAAGUGUUAGAGUUGAGUGGGAACCAACUCUCAGGAAAUAUACCAGCCUUUAUAGGUAACCUCAGUCAGUUGUCUUAUUUGGGCUUAGCACAAAAUAGGUUUGAAGGAAAUAUUCCUCCAAGUAUAGAAAACUGUCAAAAUUUACAAUACCUAGACAUUUCACAAAACAGCCUGACAGGAAACAUACCAUCAGAGGUUUUUAGAAUUUUCUCUCUAACAAAUUUGUUGGACUUGUCACAAAACUCACUUAGUGGAAGUCUAGGGGAGGAAGUGGGAAGGCUAAAAAACAUCAAUACUUUGAAUGUUUCAGGGAAUCAUCUAUCUGGUGAUAUUCCUCCAACCAUUGGAGGAUGCACAAGUUUGGUGUACCUUGAUUUGCAACGAAAUUCAUUCAAUGGAAGCAUACCGUCCUCUUUGGCUUCACUCAAAGGACUUCAAUAUUUAGACCUAUCAAGAAACCGCUUAUCCGGUUCAAUUCCUGAAGGUCUACAGAAUAUUGUUUUCCUAGAAUACUUUAAUGUAUCUUUCAACAACUUGCAAGGUGGGGUACCAACUAAAGGUGUCUUUGGAAAUGCAAGUGAGGUGGUGGUAACUGGAAAUAAUAACCUUUGUGGAGGUAUUUCAAAGCUGCAUCUACCGCCAUGCCCUGCCAAAGGUAACAAACAUGCAAAACACCAUAAUUCCAGGCUGAUAGCUGUGAUAGUUAGCGUGGUUGCUUUUCUCCUUAUACUGUUACUUAUUCUUUCUGUCCUCUGGAUGAGGACAAGAAACAAGAAAACACUUCCUGAUCCACCAACAAUAGAUCAACUGGCUAUGAUUUCAUAUCAAAACCUACACAAUGGAACCGAAGGGUUCUCAAGUAGAUGUUUGAUAGGGUCUGGAAAUUUUGGCUCUGUUUACAAAGGAACUCUUGAGUCAGAAGAAAGAGUAGUUGCCAUAAAGGUCCUAAACCUUCAAAAGAAAGGAGCUCACAAGAGUUUCAUUGCUGAAUGUAAUGCACUAAAAAAUAUUAGACAUCGAAAUCUUGUGAAGAAUUUAACAUGUUGUUCCAGUACAGAUUACAAAGGUCAAGAGUUUAAGGCUUUAGUUUUUGAGUACAUGACCAACGGAAGCUUAGAAAGUUGGCUGCAUCCAGAGACUACAGAUGAACCCAAGUCAUUGAAUCUGGAGAAAAAGUUCGAUAUUAUUGUCGAUGUCGCAUCAGCAUUCCAUUAUCUUCACUAUGAGUGUGAGCAACCGGUCAUUCAUUGUGAUUUAAAGCCCAGCAAUGUUCUUCUUGAUGAUUCCAUGGUAGCUCACGUGAGUGAUUUUGGCUUAGCAAAAUUGCUCCCAUGUAUUGGAGUCUCCCAGAUGCAAAGCAGCACAGGUGGAAUAAAGGGGACUAUUGGCUAUGCUCCACCAGAGUAUGGAAUGGGUUCUGAGGUGUCAAUUGAAGGUGACAUGUAUAGCUUUGGAAUUCUGGUUUUAGAAAUGUUAACUGGAAAGAGUCCCACUGAUGAAAUGUUCAAAGAUGGUCAUAAUCUCCAUAAUUAUGUUGAAGUUUCAAUUUCAGAAAGUCUUAUGCAAAUUGUGGACCCGAUUAUUCUCCAAAAUGAAUUUAAUCAGGCUACUGAGGAUGGGAACCUUGGCAUUAUGCAGUUGCAACCUAAUGCAGGGAAAUGUUUACUUUCACUCUUGAGAAUUGCACUUGCAUGUUCCAUGGAAUCACCAAAAGAAAGAAUGAGUAUGGUUGAUGUCUUAAGAGAGCUUAACUUAAUCAAAAGGUUCUUCCCUACUGUGGCUAGACAGAGGCAGAUUGCAUAACAACUAGAAGCGGUUCCAUUGUAUUACUAUUGCUAUUAUUAUCCUUUCCUUGUUACUGUUGUCUUUCUUAUAAACUAGUUAAUAAAACUUGUUAUUAAGGCUUGCAAUGGGCUUAUAAAAAAAAAAGUAAGGCUUGCAAUGGAUGAAUGUUUUUUUUGUAAGAGCUUUAAUAAUGUGUCCAAACUAUUACGAAGAGACUUAAUUUCAAAUGUA